AUGAGCAACCCUUCUCCCACGAAGAAGAGCGGCGCUUUCAGUACAGACCCGACCAACACCAGCAGCAGUACGGCACCGCCGCAGCCCCGUCAAAUUCGCUUCGUCUCGUCCGAUGGCCAGCCCCAAACCAAGCGCCGCCGUGUGACCGCCGCAUGCCGCACCUGUCGCAAGCGCAAGAUCCGCUGCUCUGGCGAACAACCUGUAUGCAAGACCUGUUCGGAUUACGGCCACACGUGCCUCGGCUACAAUGAUCCCGACAAAUCCGACAAACCUUUUACACAAGCUACAAUCAAGGACGAGCCCGCUGCCUCUGCCGAUGUCGACGAUGACGAGCCCCCGCUCCCCCGGUCGCCGACUACUCCACGAGUGCCAACGUCGAUGGCGCCCCCAGAUACAGUCAAGUCGCCAAAGGGCCCCAAGUCCGCGGCCGUCCUACCCCUGACCAAGGACACCCUCAUCAAGGCGACAAAGGAAAAUGAUAGGCUUGGGGUGGUGGACAGUCCCGAGAGCACAGGUCGCACAUCGUUGAGCUCGAUCAACCGCACGCACGUACCGUACUUUAGGUACUUUGGCCCAACAGCUAUUGUUCCGGGCUUCAAGCAAAUGGUCGUGCGCGUACGAGACGGCCGAAAAGGGAAUCCUUCGCAGUCAUCUGGGUCCGCUCCGUCAAUACUCAGUCCCCAGCUCGAUGCUCCUCGCCCUUUGUUAACUUCUGCGCUGGCAGAUGGAGAAUCGAACAGCAUUCCUUUCUACGACCGCGAUGAUAAUCUCCCGGCAAGCAAUUUAAUAACACACUUGUGUGACAUUUUCUUCGUCCACCUCGCCUGCAGCUUCCCUUUCCUACAGCGCGAUCGAUUCAUGAAAGACUUGAAAGACAAACGGGUUGACACGAUAUUGGUGGAUGCCGUCUGCACAUUGGCCGCCAGAUUCUCUCCGCACCCGCUCCUGAGUCCCCCACGAGCGCGUCCGAUCGAUGGCGAGGAUAACCAACCAGACGUGAAACAAUCCAACAACGGACAACCUUUCGCCCACCGGGCCAUGACAGCCGUCGUUGAUGCAUUGUCGUGUCCCACCCUGUCCGUCGUACAAGCCUGCCUGUUGCUUGCAUAUGAGGAAUUCGGGUCGAACCAUGACAGUGGCCUUUGGAUGUACCUGGGUAUUGCCAUUCGAAUGGCCCAAGAUCUCGGAAUGCAGAAGUUGCAAGGCUUAAAGCACAACUAUGGACGGACUGGUCUGAGACCCAAGGCUGUCAUCAUUGGGGAGGCAGGAAGACUGAGUGUGGAACAAUCAGAGAGCCCACAAACAUCAAAGAGUAGCGACACUAUCGAGGGUACAGAUGAAGGUGGUCGUGCUGUGGAGCGAGAAAGGGUCGAUACAUUCUGGAGUAUUUUCUUCCUGGAUCGCGUCAUCUCAUCUGGCACCGGGAGACCGGUCACUCUGCGUGAUGAAGAUAUCGAAUUGCGAUUCCCCCUUCAAUCCGAGUCCAUCCUAUCCAUUGGAUGGCCGGCACCUUUUCCGCCUCUCAUCCGCAUCAUCCAUCUUUACGGCCGUGCCACAGACCUCUUAAACGCUAUACAAGAAGACAACCACGUUGAUGCGGAGACUCUGAAACGACUGGCAGGAAUGGAAAGUGACCUUACCGGCAUUUAUCAACGGCUGUCACCCAAACUGCAUUUCAAUACAUUCAACUUUCAGACCUACGUCAAGGCUCAGGAGGGCACAAAUUUUAUUCUUUUGCAUUUCUGGUUCCACACAUUGAUUGUGCUCCUCCACCAGCCAACUCUUCUCAAUUCGUUUGGCGGACGUAUCCAGCAGCUAUACCCGAAUAGCCGCGAGCUGUCCAUGUCUUCAGCGAAAACGAUUGCUGAUAUCCUGUCCUUUUCCGAGUUGAUCGACGCCAAGAGUUUCAUUGGAAACCCAUUCACAAGUCAGCCAAUGUAUAUUGCAGCAUGUGCUUUUCUGAUGGAAAUCGCAUAUUACUCGUCGCCCUCUUCUCGAUCUGGGUCACCUGGAAUACUGGUGACAGACCAGACAAGUGCAUUUACCAUUCCCCAUGUGGACUCUUCCAGUGGGGCAGAACGUAAAACUACGACAAAGCACAGCCUUUUGGCGUCUGUCGCCAAGGAAAACUAUCAGCGCUGCUAUCGCGCACUCCAGUCUCUCCAAACAUACUGGGAAGGCACUAAAUACAUACUCACUGUGCUCGACCAAAAGGCGAAAGGUAUCGGUGAUCCUCUUCUCUAUACUACAGAAGAGAUGCAAAGCACUACAGAGGCUCAACCUGCACAGCCCCUCUCGUCGCCAAACUGGCAGCAGCCUCCUAGUCGACGGGUGUCUCUGGAUCCUACAUCUUGGAGGUUGGAUGAAGCUUGUUCGCCUAGAAUGGAUCCUAGCCAAGGUAAGAAGCGUGGUUGCACUACUUUUCACUGUUUGCUAACUUUUAUAUUUACAGCAAUUGGGUGGGCGCUCACUGGGGAAAUCAAUUCCUCACAGCCCAACCUUAGUCUACUAUACCAGCUUCCUGCACCCCAAAUGGGAGAACCCUCUGAAACCCAGAUGCCAGGUCAAGGGCUUGCGGCAGGAGGUGCAUCCCACUCUGGGGCGCCAUACUCACAGGCGUUGCCCGCCUACUCAUCCGGUGCAAUGACCCGGCCAGCAAACAUUCCAACCGUUAUUCCGAAAUACCACCAGCCUCCAAAUGAAGCAAUGCUGUCAACGAAUCCUUACACCCCUCCAGGGCCUACAACGCCGACAGGGCCCCAGACCGUCUAUAACAAUCUGGCAUCGUCACAGCUUGCUUCAUAUGGCUAUACAGCUCCAGGAGCGUCGACGUCUCAGCCUAUCUCCAACAAUCUUCACAUGGUUGCGCCGCCAAUGAUGCAACAUAUUUCAGACAUGUUGAUCGAGAGCCAGGACAUCGACAUGACUUCAUUCCACAACCAAGAGGCGUUUCCCUUUACAUUUUCCAACGAAUUUAACCCGUGGCUUGAGUAUCUUCCUGCCGACGUGGUCAAUUAUUUUGGCGAUCCAUCGCAGAACUACGGAACCACGGCGCUGAUGAGCCCCGCAAAUGGAGACGAACAGCACCCACAAUCACGACAACGUCAACGACAGUAA